CGUCGCACCACAUAGAAGGAGCUUCACCGUUGGGUGCAAACAACUCGAGGAAAAGGAGUCUAAGUGGAAGCUUGUGGGCUGGGAUCAAGACUAUUACACUCAUUUUGCAAGAUUGCAUAUCGGAUGCCACAAUGUGUCUCGACAACAAGACGUAGGGUGCUCUGAAAAUGGACUCAAGCAUAUCAUUAGCUUUGAUGUUGAAGCUGCAAAUUCAGUCACCAUAGCUGUUAGCAGCACCGCAGUAAUUAAAUAUGAAUGUUGGAAUGCUUUGAAGUUUGACACUGCAAUUGGUGAAAAAUAUAGAUCAAGUGAUUGUUAUGAGGACUGA